CAUUUCAUUAUAUUCUUAGGAAAAAGAUAGUAAGAGCACUUGAACAUUCAACAACAAAGAUGUCCACCUGCACCAGAAUCCCAUCUCAGAUUCACAUAGUGAUGUUUCCAUGGCUUGCAUUUGGUCACAUAAAUCCAUUUGUGCAGCUUUGCAACAAGCUUUCUCUACAUGGAAUUGAAGUGUCUUUCCUAUCUGCUUCAGGUAAUAUCCCUCGCAUUAAGUCUUCUCUUUUACCAACUCCUAAUUCCAGGAUCAUCCCCAUCUCAAUCCCUCCUGUUGCGGGUCUUCCUCAAGGCCUUGACAACACUUCAGAAAUGACUCCAGCCAUGGCUGAUCUUUUCAAGAAGGCUAUAGAUCUCAUGCAGCCUCAAAUCAAGACCCUUUUAUCUCAACUCAAACCCCAUUUCAUUCUGUUUGAUUUCCUUAUACAAUGGAUACCAGAAAUUGCCUCUGAACUUGGUAUUAAAACAAUAGGAUUCUCUGUUUUCUCUGCCAUAUCUGGAGCUUACAUUAUGGUCCCUGCUAGAUCUACCGCAACAAAUGUUGACGAUCUCAUGAAACCGCCAACGGGGUUUCCUUCAUCUCCACUUAUUUCAAUGAAAGAAUUCCAAGCUCAAAACAUAUCAUAUGUAUUUAAGCAUUUUGACAAUGGCCCUAGUGUAUUCGAUAGAGUCACCGAAGGCCAUCAUAAAUGUGAUGCCAUUGUCUUUAAGACAUGCAACGAAAUGGAAGGACCUUAUAUAAAUUUCUUAUUGAACCAGUUUCAGAAACGGGUUCUCUUGGCCGGCCCUCUUGUCCCUGAGCCAACGUCAGGUUUGCUUGAGGAAAAAUGGGAUAAAUGGUUAGGCCAGUUUCCUCCUAAAUCUGUCAUCUUAUGCUCUUUUGGAAGCGAAACGUUCUUGCAAGAUGACCAAAUAAAAGAGCUUGCUCUUGGUUUGGAACUCACUGGUUUGCCAUUUAUUCUAAUCAUGAAUUUCUCAGUUGGGGUUGAUGCGUAUGACGAGAUCAACAGGACUUUGCCAGAAGGAUUCUUGGAGAGGACGAAGGAUAGAGGGAUUGUGCAUACAGGUUGGGUUCAACAGCAGCUUCUUUUAGCGCAUAAAAGUGUAGGAUGCUACUUGUGCCACUCAGGUUUUAGCUCUUUAAUUGAAGCCGUGAUCAAUGACUGUCAAUUGGUGCUGCUGCCUUUAAAAGGUGACCAGUGCUUGAACUCCAAGCUUUUUUCCGAGUGCAUGAAGGCUGGGGUUGAGGUAAAUAGGAGAAAUGAAGAUGGGUACUUUGGGAAGGAGGAUAUUGACAAAGCUGUGAGAAGAGUGAUGGUGGAAGUUGAGAAAGAGCCAAGUAAAUCCAUAAGAGCAAACCAUAAGAAGUGGAGGGAGUUCUUGUUAAAUGAAGAAAUUCAGGAUAAGUUUAUUGCAGAAUUAGUUAAGGAAAUUAAGGCACUUGCAUAGCCAUAUCUCUGUACCUCUGCAAUUAGCACACCAACAUCUUACUGCACUGCUUUACCUAGAAUAAUAAAUAAAAAAGAAAAAGUAAAUAUUCCUGAGUGUGCUAUAUUUUCUUCUUAUUCAAUAAAAAUUUAAUAUUGAAUUUUUAUUUUCAA